AGUAAAGUAUACAAUAUUCAACCUUUCGCAUCGGCAGAUCCAUUCCAAGUUUACUGUAAAAUGCAAAAUGGUGGAAGGACACUAUUUCAGGUUCAUCGGUCACCAUCCUUUAAAUUCAAUAAAACUUGGGUAGAAUACAGAGAUGGAUUUGGAUCUUUAACUUCUAAUCAUUGGUUAGGCCUACAGAAAAUGCACAUGAUUAUCAACAACGGAACAUAUCAAAUGAUUGUUAACAUGAAAUUGAAAAAUGAUAGUUUCUACCAACAUUACUUCAAUGAUUUUCAAAUUGAAAAUGAAAGUAACUUAUACAGAUUAAAUUUUAGUAAUGCCAAGCCCCAUUCAACGUCUCCUCUCGGUGACAGUUUAACAGACUCAAAGGGUAUGGCAUUCAGUGCAUUCGACCAGGAUAAUGACAACAGUACGUCAAAUUGUGCUAUGAUUAGAGGAAGUGGAUGGUGGUUUAAUGACUGUGGACCGUGCAAUCCUAAUGGAGAACUGUUGAACCCAACGGACAUGCUUAAAGAAACUGAAUAUGAAGUUUUCUGGACAAACGAUCUUCAAAACACUGUUCCCGCCAGAAUGGAAAUGUGGUUUGUUAAGAAAUGA